CCAGGGGCAGCGCGAGGGGCCACGGCCAGAGGGUUCCCGGGCCGGGCAGCCGCCCAGCCCCGGCCCGGAGAGGGCCCCGACAUCAUGUGAUGCAGGAAGAGAGCGCAAAUGAUAUGGAAUGUGAGCAGCUGCCAACAGAGACGCUGCGACAAGUGACCAUUCAUCGGGACCCUAUAUAUGGCUUUGGCUUCGUGGCUGGCAGUGAGAGGCCUGUGGUGGUGCGAUCUGUGAGGCCAGGAGGCCCCUCUGAGGACAAGCUCCUGGCUGGUGACCAGAUUGUGGCUAUUAAUGAGGAGGACGUGAGUGAAGCCCCCAGGGAGAGGUUCAUAGAACUCAUCAGGAGCGCUAAGGAAUUCAUCGUUCUUACAGUUCUGCACACUCAUCAGUCCCCCAAAUCUGCCUUCAUCAGUGCUGCGAAGAAGGCCAAGCUGAGAUCCAAUCCUGUGAAGGUCCGAUUUUCUGAGCAGGUGGCAGUUGGAGAAACAGAUGCAAAAAUGAUGAAGAAGGAAGCUCUUCUCCUCAUCCCCAAUGUCCUGAAGGUUUUCUUAGAAAAUGGGCAGAUCAAGUCAUUCACAUUUGAUGGCCGGACCACUGUAAAGGAUGUGAUGGUGACAUUACAGGACCGUCUUUCCCUGAGAUACAUUGAGCACUUUGCUCUUGUCCUUGAGUAUGCCGGGCCAGAACAGAACCACAAGUUCCUGCUUCUCCAGGACAAGCAGCCCCUGGCUUAUGUGGUGCAGCGGACACACUAUCAGGGAAUGAAAUGCCUCUUCCGGAUAAGCUUCUUUCCCAAAGACCCUGUGGAGCUGUUGCGUCGGGAUCCUGCUGCUUUCGAGUACCUGUACAUUCAGAGUCGGAAUGAUGUUAUCCGAGAACGCUUUGGAAUGGACCCCAGGCCGGAGAUGCUUUUGGGCCUUGCUGCCCUUCACAUCUAUAUCACUGUCUCAGCCACACGACCUAGUCAGAAGAUCUCACUCAAGAAUGUAGAGAAGGAGUGGGGCCUGGAACCCUUUCUUCCCCCCUCCCUCCUGCAGGGCAUCAAAGAGAAGAACCUCCGGAAAUCUCUCUCUCAGCAACUGAAGGCCCACCAAAUACAUCCUUCCAGCAGCACCAAGGGCUCUGCAAUUCAGGCAAAGCUCCAGUAUCUUCGAAUUCUGAAUGAACUUCCGACCUUCACAGGCGUUUUGUUCAACACUGUGGGCCUGGAUGAGAAGCAGUCUGCCACCACUCUCCUGGUGGGACCCCGUCAUGGCAUCAGCCAUGUUAUUGACCUCAAAACCAACCUCACCACUGUGCUGUCCGAGUUCAGCAAGAUCAGCAAGAUCCAGCUGUUCCGGGAGAACCAGGGCGUGGCCCGGGUGGAGACCAGCAUCAUGGAUGCCAAGCCUCUGGUGCUGUUGAUGGAGUGGCCCGAAGCUACCAACUUUGCCUGCCUGAUUGCGGGGUACUGCCGCCUCCUGCUGGAUUCCAGGAAGAUGGUCUUCUCCAGGCCCGCCAGCCAGCCUCUUCCACCUCCAAUGAUCAAGGCAGGUCUGAUUGUGCUGGCCACAAUCACCCCUGAAUCCUCGCUGGACUCAGGCCACGAAACCAACUCUUCAGAGCUCACGGACAUGUCGGAGAUGAUGUCUGCCAUGAAGCAGCACCAGAACACCACUUACUUCCUGGCCCAGCACCUCAACAAGGACAGCCUCCUGGCCCGCAAGGACCUGCCCUUCCGGAUCCAGAGUUGCGCAGCCCAGGCUGUUCUCACAGCCCCUUAUUCUCUCGGGCGCCCGGAUCCCAACCCGUCCCUCCAGUCAGCUGUCACAGGCCAGAGUCCUGCCCCCACUGGCGCUCGGAGGAAGCUGCCCCAGUCAGAGGCCCAGUCUCAGCGAGAGCGAACAUACGCCCUGGCAGUGCACCCAGCACUGUCCCCACAGCUUAGUGAGCAGAAAAAUCUGAGCCUGCUGUCCCCAGUUCCUGAGGACAAAGGGCCUGGCCAGACUAGGGCAGGUCUAGAGAUGUCACUGAGGGCAGCCACACCAACCCUUAGUGAAGAGCAGGUCUGUGAGCUAAGGGAGAACCUGCCCAAGGAAGUCAGGUUGAGCCCCAAGCUUAUCCUGGACCCAAAGGGCAGUAUGACCCCAGCCAUGAUCUCAGCCGCCCUACAACAGGUGGUUCACACUAAGAGUCUCCCUGCCCCUGGUGGGGCCUUGGGGAACACCCCCAGCAGUGGGGAGAGAAGGCUGGAGGCCAGCGUGGGGAGGCCGGAGGUCAGCAUGGGAAGGCAGGAAGUUAGCAUGAUGAGCAGCAGUGCCAAUAAGAAUCUUAAGUUCAAAAUGAGCUCUGGUGCUCUAGAGACCUCACGGAAUUCCCAGCAGCAGCUGAGCCCAGAGGUCUCUUCUGGCUCCAGAGCACCCACAGGCAGCCGGGCUGACAGCCUGCACCUCUCCCCACAAGAGGACAGGCUGCCUGUUCAGAAUUUCCCUCCCAAAAGCUAUGUUUCACGAGCAAGUCGAGAGACAGUGGGCCAGCAAGCUACAGGGGAGGUGGCAGGCAAGGGCGGGCCAGAGAGUGCGAAGCCCUCCCUGCACAAGCAGGGCACCGUCUCUGGCCAGGGGGAGAAGGGGCAGUUGGAGAGAGCAUCCCAAAGCAGCAAGCUGGAGGAGACCAGCCUGGUCCUCCAAGCCAGCUACCCCAUGGCUCUGCAGAGCCCCAGCUGCCAGCCGCGAGGCCACAGCCCCAGCUGCCAGCCCCGUGGCCACAGCCCCAGCAGCCAGUCCCGAGGCCAGAGCCCCAGCUGCCAACCUCGAGGCCAGAGCCCACUGAGGUCCCAGGCUGCCAGCCGGCAGGUGAGCACCAUGCCCUCCAGGAAGCUUGAAACAACCCUGGAUGGCACCCACUCAGCCUCUGAAGGCCCGACAAAGCCCAAAUCAUCCCGAGGCCCUUUCCGGCUACGCAGUUUAUUCUCUGCCACCUUCCCAACCCGCCAGAAGAAGGAGACUGAUGAGCGGCAGGCCCAGCUGCAGAAGGUAAAGCAAUAUGAGCUGGAGUUCCUCGAGGAACUUCUAAAGCCCCCAAGCCAGGGGGAGCUGCCGGGCACCGAGUACCUGCAACCUCCGGCCCCAGGCCGCUGCAGUUGCCAGCUCCGCAGCAGCCCUGUGCAGCAGGGGCCUGGUAUGUCCCGCGAGCAAAGGCGCAGCUGCGAUUGCAAGCGCAUCUGCCGGGGGAGCCGCCCUCAGGCCCCCCAGACGCCAGCGCCUGGCCUUCGGGGGAGGGAGAGGGACAGGGUCCCCCCGACCCAGAGGCAGCCAGAGGCCGGCCCAAGCUUGAGCCUCAGCAGCCCCACCCACAUCCGGCGCAUCCGCUCCACCAGCCUGGAAUCCCGAGAGUGCCGCUCAGAGCCCGAGAGUGGUGUUUCGUGCCUGAGCACAUGUGCCUCGGGGGGCGAGUGUCUGGGAGCACCCAACUACAGGAAACUGAUGCGCCGCUACAGCAUCAGUGAGCUGGACCAGGGUGACAGGGCCUCGCUGACCUCAGAUGUCUACCCACACCCACCCCUGGGCGUGCUUCCCAGGGAGGCCAAGGAGGUAGAGGGAGGCCUCCCCCUAGGCUUGGGUCCCAAAAGCAAGUCUCUGGAGUCACCGACCCUGGGAGACCCCUCAUACGUCCAGGUUGCCCCUGAGACCAAAGGCCCCAGACAGAUGGCCGUGUUCUCACUGCCAGAAGAGGUGUACCGGAAGCCUGCCGAGCUGGACGAGGACAGUGAGAGCAGCAAGUGCUGCUCCAUCCGCUACUGCUUCUACUACCGCAAGUGCGACAUCGCUGAUGACACCAGCGAUGGCAAGGACGAGCUCUCCUACUCCAUCCCCAUGAAGAUUCUGCCUGGCAUGAAGUUGGACGAGCAGGUGGUGCCUGUGGUGAGCAGGACCCUGCAGGUGCUGGAUGCCGCCACCUGCAGCAGUGGCAGCCCCGAGGCCUCCCGCACCCAGGAGAUUGACCUACGGGUGUCCACCUUCGAGGGGAGCCUGGCCAAGAUCAAUGCCCUGCGGGCCCAUGCCUAUGGCCUGCCUGACGGCUUCCUGGCUGCCCGGCUGGACACCAAUGAGCUGCUGACAGUCCUGCGGCAGUGUGUGGCCAGCCCCGAGGCCCGGGCCCCCAAACCCUACGUCUCCCAGAUCUCUGAGUACAAGCUCGAGCUGGCUCUCAAGUUCAAGGAGCUCCGGGCCUCCUGCCGCCGCGUGGCCAAUGUGGACAAGAGCCCGACUCACAUGCUGGCAGCCAUCACGGGCAGCUUCCAGGUGCUGAGCAGCCUCAUUGAGACCUUUGUGCGGCUGGUGUUUAUCGUGCGCUCCGAGGCCCAGCGCCAAGAGCUGCUGGCCAAGGUAGAAGAGGUGGUGAGGAACUACACCUUCCUGCUGCGCGCAGCUGAGGAGUCCACUGCCCGCAACCUCAACCAGCAGCAGCAGCAGCAGCAGACAGCAGCAGCUGUAGGGGCGGCCACAGGGCACCCACCAGGCUCCCCAACUUCAGCGACUGUUAUGAGCACAUUCACCCGCUCCUUAAAAACCCUUAUUAAGUAGGGCAUCUGCCCAGGCCUGCCCCCUUCCCCAACCACAGCCCCAGGUUUGAGCUUUGUGGUCCUUGCAUCUUGUGGUGAGUGUAUGUGUCUGCUGGGCCAAUCAGGGUCCAAGAGCCUUCAGUCUCCAGGGAGUGAAAACUCCCUGCAUUGAGGCUGUCCCUGAGGGCUCCAGGCAGCUGCCACCCUGGGUGUCCUCACCCCUUCCCUAGCCUCUGGGCGUCACUGUGAGGGCCAAGGCCCCUCUACGCCUGCCGCAGAGCUGUAUUUUCUCUCUUUUCCAGGGCUGAGAGGUGACAUCAGGCUCACUUCCUGCUCCAUUUUGGGGGCCGGAGGAGCCGGCGCCUAAAGCAGGCAGGCCCAUGGGCCUUGACCUCCUCCUGGCAUCUGCUCCCUUCAAGGGAGCAGUGGCAGUAGCAGCAGACCACAGCGCCGAGCAGAGAGGAAGGGCACUCGGCCCAGACGUGCCCGCCCACCCUGGGCUCACACUCACUCGGCAGGAGCCACCCCAGAGGGCCCGUGCCCGGGUGGUAGGUCUGCAGAAGACAGCCACACAGGGCUGUUUGCAGCCGGCCCAACAGGCUGGCAGCCUCGGGAGCCCUCGCCCCCAGGCCUAGUAGCUCCACACCAGCCAUCCCCAAAGUGCCCUGCCCCUCACUGACGGGCAGGGAGGCUCAGUCCACUAGGGCGCAAGCAGCUGGGAUCACCCCACUCGUUCUGGGUAAGGUACCUGGUGAAAACGUCUGCCCUGGGGAGACCCAGCGCAGGCCUUGGAGCCCGCCUGGGCCAGCCCAGUGCAGGGGCUGUCGCUGCAGGCGUGCGGCUCCUCUCGCAACAUCUCUCUACCAGACAGACUGUCCUUAGGAGUUUGACUUAGCUGUGGA